UUGUGGGAGGAGGAGGAAAUAAAGAGAGCCAGUAGAAAUGAAAAGGAGAGAGAGGUCAUCAUUUGGUGCAGGCUGUGGUGUAGAUGGGGACACGCAUGAGCUGAGUCCUCCACACCGGCAAACUCUCCUCCUCACGGAAGAACAGCGGACUCACUGUAACCGCCUCACGUACAGCCUAAUAUCGCAGUUUCCGCGUGUCGCUGAUGUUCAUGGUUAUUAAUAGGCUGCAUUGGUCUUCCGUCGGUUUCUUUGGACCAUUCAGAUCAACGGAUCAGAUGCGAGUGCGCAGUGUUUGAGGUGACAGUAGCCUACUAAGAACGCUCAAGAUUCAUUUCAUAAGACUCGAUUUGAAAGCGGACCGGAACCGGAGGCGAAAUUAAUGGAGCCGUGCACGUCUUGUUGAGGAUCCAUCUGCACUCGUCCUCAAUGGUCACCUUCUGUCCGAGCCUGUCUUUCUGCUUGCUGCAGUCCGCAUCAGAGGAUGUACGCUGAGGGAAGCACGCCAGACACUGAGCCAGACGCGUGCCAGAAGAAGACAUCAUGCUUCUCCAACAUCAAAAUAUUCCUCAUAUCAGAAUGUGCCUUAAUGUUGGCACAGGGCACUGUAGGAGCCUAUCUGGUCAGUGUCCUCACCACACUAGAGCGACGUUUCAACUUGCAGAGCGCUGACGUGGGUGUGAUCGCCAGCAGCUUUGAGAUUGGCAACCUUGCCCUCAUCUUAUUCGUCAGCUACUUUGGGGCCAGGGCCCAUCGGCCUCGGCUGAUUGGUUGCGGGGGCAUUGUGAUGGCGCUGGGCGCGUUACUGUCAGCACUGCCUGAGUUCUUGACCCACCAGUAUGAAUAUCAGUCUGGAGAGCCACGACCUGUGGGACAGGGAAAAGACGUGUGCUCCAAUAGCAGUCGAGCUGGGCUCUCUGAUCCAAAUUAUUUCUGUGGAAAUAGAACGAACACCAACAUGAUGUACCUGCUGCUGAUCGGAGCUCAAAUGCUUCUGGGGGUUGGAGCGACACCCCUGCAGCCGCUGGGCGUGUCUUACAUCGAUGAUCAUGUCAGGCGUGAAGACUCCUCCCUUUAUAUUGGUAUCUUAUUCUCAACACUGGUCUUUGGACCUGCCUGUGGUUUUAUUCUUGGCUCUCUGUGCACCAAAGUUUAUGUUGAUGCAGUCUUCAUUGACACAUCCACGCUGGACAUCACUCCUGACGAUCCACGCUGGAUCGGUGCCUGGUGGGGCGGCUUUAUCAUAUGUGGCCUUUUCCUCUUCCUCUCCUCAUUUUUCAUGUUCGGGUUCCCGCAGUCGCUGAACGAGCCUGGGGAGGGCCCGGGGGGUGAGAGCGAACAGGCCAUGCUGCCUGCUGAGCUGGUGCAGGAGUAUGAAGGAGUCAAAACCUCAGAUGACCCGGAGAUCAGCACUGGCCUAACCUGCUGCCAGCACCUGCAGGUUAUCCCAAAGGUGACUAAGCAUCUGCUGUCCAAUCCGGUUUUCACCUGUGUCAUUCUCGCUGCCUGUAUGGAAAUCGGCGUGGUGGCUGGAUUCGCUGCCUUCCUAGGGAAAUAUCUCGAACAACAGUUCAACCUCUCAACGUCCUCUGCCAAUCAGCUCCUAGGUAUGACAGCAAUCCCCUGUGCUUGUCUGGGUAUUUUCCUGGGCGGCCUCCUGGUGAAAAAGUUGGAUCUGUGUGCAUUGGGGGCUAUUCGUCUGGCCAUGCUAGUCAAUAUCAUCUCUACAGCCUGCUACGUCUCCUUCCUUUUCCUUGGCUGUGAUACGGGUCCAGUCGCGGGGGUGACUGUUGCCUAUGGCAACGAGAGUCUAGGCUCAUGGGAGCAGACGGAGGCCGCAUGUCUGUCAGGCUGUAAUUGUUACACGUCUUCUCUAAGCCCCAUCUGCGGCUCCAACGGCAUCACCUACCUCUCCGCCUGCCUGGCUGGCUGCACCCGAGGAAAUCUGACAGGCUGUAAGUGCAUCGCCCAAGGCGACGGGCCCGGGACAGCCACGCCGGGGAAGUGCUCCAGCCCAGGCUGUCAGCAGGCCUUCCUCACGUUCCUAGCAGUCGUGUGCGUCUGCAGCAUGAUCGGAGCCAUGGCCCAGACUCCAUCCGUCAUCAUCCUGAUCAGAACUGUGAGCCCAGAGCUGAAGUCUUACGCCCUUGGAGUUCUUUUCCUGUUGCUCCGGCUGCUAGGUUUCAUUCCUCCACCUCUGAUCUUUGGCAUUGGGAUCGACUCCACCUGCCUACUGUGGAGCUCUGUGUGCGGCAUUAAAGGGGCCUGCAUGCUUUACGACAACGUCACCUACCGCUACCUUUACGUCAGCAUCGCCAUUGUUCUCAAAUCCAGCGCCUUCAUUCUCUACACCAUCACCUGGCAGUGUCUGCGUCAGAACUACUCCAAGUACAUAAAGAACAGUGAGGACUACCUGACCCCAAGCCAGCUGUUCGCCUCCAACCUCACCCUGGACAACCUGGGCAAGGACAUUGCACAGAACCCUUCCAACCGCACCAAGUUCAUUUACAACCUAGAUGACCACGCCUGGAGCGAGAACAUGGAGUCAGCCAUAUAGUCCCCCCCCAAAGAGGGCCAGCUAGCCUGCUAAUAUGCACAUGCUAAUUUAGUCUCAUAACGCUCUUAUUCAAAGGAAAAUCCAUGUAAGCCGAUUUCUGCACAUUCCCGCUUGGGAGAAAUGGGCACUCUUUUAGCGCAUCCAGGGUGUUUUAACUAAACAGAGCCAAAUGAAUUUGACUGUUACUGUAGUGGUCAGGACUUGUAUAUGCUGGAUAUAUGAUAUGUGGAGAUGAAACGCAUCUAUCGUAUUAGGGAAUGUAUUAGGUUGCAGUUCCAAAACCGAACAAUUAGGGCCCAUUCAAACCAAGGACAACUACAAAGACAUAGUUCUAUAAAUCAUUCUUAAAGGGAUACUCCACUUUUUUUGGAAAUAGUCUCAUUUUACCACUCCCCC